AUUCAAAAACGUAAAACAUGUGUCAAACAUCACUUCCUGCUGCGUCCGUAGCUUCUGCUUCCGCUUUCGAACAAAGUCUUCGUAUGACACAUCUUACAGAACUUCCUCUGCUGCUAUUUUGGUUUGAAGCCGUGAAGACUUCUCUCAGUUCGCGAGGAGCCCGAGGAUGCAGCAGCAGAAUCAGCUGAUCUUUCUUAUUCUGUCAGUGAUCUUCACAGGGUCUUGCUGCGAUGGUUGGAAGAUGGCCGUCUCUCCGGAGGUCAGCGCCUCCAGAGGAGAAGACGCCGUCCUCAGCUGCUCCCUCACCAGCUCCAAUCGACAGCAGUAUUCAGGGAAGAUCCACGUCAGGUGGCUAGCUGCUGACUUGUCACCUUUCCUCAGCUGCUCACUUAGAAACGACUCAGCGACUCAGGGACUCGCAGAAUGUUCGUUUUCUGAGCUCAAACAUUCGCUGACUGGAGAUCCGAGGCGGGGGGAGCUGUCCCUCCUCAUCAGGAGGGUCCAGCUGACGGAUACUGGUCAGUACUUCUGCACAGUGGAGCUGGACGGCCGGUGGAGUUUGAGACAAAAGACCCAGCUUCAUGUUACAGCUGAACCUCAGAUCCUGAGUCUCGAUGUGGUGGAGCCCCCCCCGGCCUCAGGCAGCGCCCCCCGGAGGCUGCAGUGUGAGGUGGAGGGCCACCCGCUGCCCAAACUGGUUUGGCUGUCGGCCUCCGGGUUCAAGCUAGAGGACCAGGGGCGGACGACCGAGGCGGGUCCGUUCCGACGGAUCGGCGAGGUGCCCUACCUGGAGGGGGAGGAGUUGACCUGCAGGGCGGAGAGCAGGCUGGGCGGAGCUCAGAGGUCGUAUCCAACCAGUCAGACCCUGAUGAUAACAGCGGUGGUGUGUGGCCUCAUGGGGGCGCUGCUGCUGCUGCUGCUCUUCACAGCAGGACUUGUUCACUGUCGCAGGAACAGAGCUCCACUCGACUCUUCUACUGUUUACGAGAACGCUGAUGUAGGAACGCGCCUCAGUCGGCUUCAGACCCUGGGUGUGCGAGCGUCCGAGCCUCCAGCCGACGGAGACUCUGAGAUCCAGCUGCUUUAUUCGGUCGUGGGCAGUCCAACUGGUCAUCAGCUGUUGAGCUCCGGCUGUCCCCCUGAGCCAGGUGAGGAGACAGGAGAGGAGACAGGAGAGGAGCCAGGUGAGGAGACAGGAGAGGAGACAGGAGAGGAGCCAGUCGUCCUGUAUUCUCCUGUCAAUGUUCAGCGGAUCAACAGAGAGUUUCAUGCAUGAAACGGAAAUGAUGCGAUGCUUGUAUUCUAAAACUCUCUUAAUCAUAAUCAUAAUCAUAAUUUGGUUUAAAGCCUCCGACUCCACAGAGACUCAACCCAGCUACGUCCUCUCGUAUCCCCCCCCCCAUCCAUUCCGGUUACUUCCGGAUAUAAAAAAAAAGAUAGCGCUGAACAGAAAGU